CCAUUUUCUUACAUUGUUAAUCUCAGAGCAGAACAAAGUGGGAAAAUCCAAGAAAUAUGUUUCAUAUUAGAAGCAGCAUAAUUAUACAUAAAAUGGGCUGCUCAUUCUCUUUUUCUGCAUUAUGGAUGGUUUUUAACCUUGUUCUAGCACUGUCUGCCAUGGCACCUCGAGCCGAUGCACGUGCAUUUUUUGUGUUUGGCGAUUCACUGGUUGACAAUGGCAACAACAACUACCUAGCAACCAGUGCUCGUGCAGACUCACCCCCUUACGGCAUCGACUAUCCAACUCAUCGUCCAACUGGCCGCUUCUCUAAUGGCCUCAACAUUCCAGAUCUCAUCAGCGAGCAAAUGGGAACGGAACCAACAAGGGCAUACCUGGAUCCAUCGCUGAGUGGAAAUAAUCUUCUUGUUGGCGCCAACUUUGCAUCUGCUGGAGUGGGAAUCCUCAACGACACUGGAAUUCAGUUUCUGAAUAUCAUUAGAAUUGCACAACAAUUGGAGUACUUUCAACAGUACCAGACUCGUGUUAGUAGGCUAAUUGGCUCUGCAGGAACUCGAAGGCUAGUUAAUGAAGCCCUUGUGCUCAUUACCCUUGGUGGCAAUGACUUCGUCAACAACUACUACUUGGUGCCAUUUUCAGCUAGAUCACGACAAUUUUCUCUCCCUGAUUAUGUCCGCUACAUCCUCUCUGAGUAUCGCAAGGUUUUAAGGAGGCUCUAUGAAUUGGGAGCUAGAAGGGUUCUUGUGACAGGAACAGGACCAAUGGGGUGUGUGCCAGGAGAAUUGGCACGAAGGAGCAGAACUGGUGAAUGUGACGUGGAGUUACAAAGGGCUGGUGCAUUGUACAAUCCACAACUGAUUCAAAUGGUUAAUGGUCUGAACAGUGAAAUUGGAUCUGAUGUCUUCAUUGCUGCUAACACAAUGCAAAUGUCCUUCGACUUUAUUUUUAAUCCUCAGGCCUACGGAUUUGUUACAUCAAAAAUAGCUUGCUGUGGACAAGGGCCAUACAAUGGAAUUGGACUGUGCACUCCUUUAUCCAACUUGUGCCCAAACAGAGAUUUGUAUGGCUUCUGGGAUGCAUUCCAUCCAUCUGAGAAAGCCAACAGAAUUAUUGCGCAACGGCUCUUUACUGGUGACGACAAAUACAUGACUCCGAUGAAUCUUAGUACCGUUUUAGCGUUAGACACCAAGAAAUGAUGAUCCAGUGUUUUAAAUACUACUGCCAUUUCAUCUGCCUCUUCAGAAUGUUAUGUAUUUUUACUCUAUUUGUCGUUUGAUAUUUCUACCUCGGAAUUAGAGGGUAUGAUUAGAAUUUAUUUAUCUUAUGCCUAUUUCCCAAAAAAUGAGUAAGUUUAUAUGCAUGCAUGGUCAAUAAAUAUUAACCUUCUACAGUAGCCUGAAAGGCAGUGGUCUUUGUUGUUGUUUUUGUUUGUGGGUGCACUUGAUUAAUCAUGACAGUUUGCAACAGAAA